GAUAAACGGCAUGAAUCAUUAUAGUUUUGCAGCUGCUGACUGAUUUCGUGAUUCAAAAUGGCAGCUUCUGAAGUUCCAGUAGAUAGAGGAUGGGCGUGGAUGAUAGGAUUUGGUGCAAUUGUACAAAAUAUGAUUAUGAUCGGCAUUUUGAAGUCUUUCGGUAUAUUUCUUGUGGAAUUUAUAGAUGAAUUUAAUGCGUCUUCAGCUCUUGGGUCAUCUAUUAUUGGUAUACAGUCACUGACAUUUGCCUUUGCUGCUCCCACAGUGCUUCAUAUUUUAACAUCUAUAUUUACCAACAGACAGGUCAUGUUAUUUGGAUCAGUUAUGGCUUCUUUAGGAAUUGGAUUGGGCUUCUUUGCUCAAAAUAUAACUUUUCUUCUAUUCACAUAUGGUGCUUUGAUAGGAAUUGGAAAUGCCUCUCUUUAUGGACCAAGCUUAGUAAUGAUUGGAAAAUAUUUUAAUAAACGCCGGGGUUUAGUUACUAGCGUUGCAAUAGCUGGAGGAAGUGUUGGACAAUUUGUAAUGCCACCGGUUGUUCGACUGCUGUUUGACAAUUAUGGUUUACGGGGGGGUCUGCUUUUGAUUGGUGGCAUUAUGUUUCACAGUGCUUUGACAAGCUCUUUAAUGCGACCAACUGCGCAUUAUACACAUGCGUAUCCCGAAGAUCACUCCCUUAAUAAAGCAUCCGUUUGUUUUAAGAAAUAUUCACUGCACACCAAUAGUGAACAAUCUGAGCCUUUAGACAAUAAUCGGCACACAGCUGUAGAUGUAGAUAAAGAGACAACACCACAAGUACUUAAUUUUAAAAAGUUAAUUGAUUUGUCCCUGAUGAAAAAUAUCAAGUAUAUACUGCUACUCUCUGCUGUGUGUUUUGGAGUAGCUGGUUCUAUCUAUGUAGUAUUUUAUAUCCCUGCUCAUGCAAAAGAUCUAGGUAUGACAGACCAAGAUUUAGUGUGGCUGUUGACUAUUAUUGGAGUUGCAGAUCUGAUAGGACGUAUAGCGUGUGGUGCUUUAGCUGAUAGUGGACUAAUACAAAGAUAUAACAUCUUAGUUAUUUCGUUUCUUCUUAAUGGCGUUCUUUCUAAUUUGAUGCCAUUAGUUACAAUGUAUUGGCAUCUUUGUGUGUAUUGUGUAGUGUACGGACUUGUCGGAAGUUUCUACUUUUCACUGAUCUCAUUGAUCUUAGUAGAUUUCUUUGGGAUAGAAAAGUUGCCAAAGUCUUUGGGUCUAUUGUUCUUCUUCGAGGCUUCUGCUAACGCUAUAGCGCCGUUGAUAUUAGGGUCUCUACGUGAUAUAACUGGUAAUUAUUUGGCCUCCUUCUAUUAUAUGGGUGGUACUUCUAUACUGGCUGCCUUUAUACUAUUUUCAACAAGAUUUCUACAUCAGAUUGAUACAGGUUGUGAAGCUGAAAGUAACUACGAUAAAGACAAUCAGGAAAUAAUAAAAAGUUUGCCAGAAACAUAGCUGUUCAUUCAUUCCAGAUGGCAAUGUUUAGACUGUCAGACUGAAAAAAACACCGUCAAAGAAAAUGCGGAGAAAACAAAAUGUUUACUAUAAAUUCCAUGCUUAGAUGUUUUCGAAAGAAUACAUAUAAUGAUAAACUCAAAUAUCAAAGGAUUAGUUUAUUUUACAAUAUUAUAUACAAACAAUAAUGAAUAUAUGUAUA